GUCAAACAACCCUGCUGGAAAUUUUGACAAGAAUCCACAACAGUUUGCGGCCUGGUAUUUCAGAAAAGUUUAUACCAAGUAAUUUGCCUGAGAGGAAUAGACUGUUGCACCUUAUCGCUCUGUGCUGGCAUCAAGAACCAGACUGUAGACCACGUACUGCAGAAUGUGUAGAACUUCUAAAUGGAAUUGUGACUAGUGUAAAAAAGGAGGCAAUUUCCACUGCAGUCUACAAUCUGAUGGAUGCAAAGGAGAGAGCACUUAAUGCAUGCAAAGGUUCAGAAAUAUACAUGUUGCAGACGGGCAUAUGCAAUUCAGAGGUCAUCUGUUCACCAAAACCCAACCACAUAAUCAGCAAGGAAAUUCCUUCUGUAGUGCCAAGCUUGUCAACUAUUCUGCUUGAUAGCAGUGCAAACAAUGCAGGAAGAGAAAAUAUUGAGACGGGUCUGUCAAAUACUAUCCCACAGAACACAACAACAAAGCAAGGCAAAAAAAGCAGUCAGCAUAAGGACCCACCACUGGCUCUUAAGCACAGACCACAACCUAUGUAUCUUGCACAAGCAGUGACAGAUCCUUGCUGCAAAGGAAACUGCUGUCAAAUACUAGCCUGCCAGAGACAGACCAUACUGAGCUGCAUGACAGAAGGACGUCUCAACCACAUCCUCGAUGUCCUUCGUUCAAAGAAAACGUUGUCCCGAAUGGAUUAUGAAACAAUUACCUCUUACCCCACAGUGACUGGCCGUGCUCGGGCAUUGUUGGACACUUGCCUUUGCCUUGGAGAAAGUGCAGCACAGGUUGUAGUGACUGCACUUUCAGUGACCAAAUGUAGUCCUUUGGGACGAGGCAGCCAUUGCCCAGACUGUCUUUCUAAGAAUACAUCCCAAGUAAGAGUUACAGAGGUCUAUAGCCUCAAACUGCCAUCUUCACUGGGCUUUAAAGUUGACCUUUCCUCUUCCACAGAAGUAAGCGAUGCAUCAGUUGAAGAAGCUGUGGACUCCUUCAACCAGAAUUAA